AUGGGGUCGGGGAAUAUCGAAGGUUGGACAAAUGAGCGGCGGCGCUGGGCUCCAGGAUUCUCGCCGCAACUCCUUUUGAAACCGGUACCUGCCGGCUUCAUCUGGGACGAUGGCGUCCGUACCACCCGACCCGCAUGCCAAACAAGCGUUGGUGUGUGGGAGGAUGAGGAUGGGAGGGUGAGUAUGCCGAUCUCUGCAGCCUUGGUCAGUGGAACGUCCCUCGAGGCCGUUGGGAUGGAAGGUUCGAAUAUUCCUCGGUGUGACCGUGCCACUAUCCCUUUUGAUGAGGGAGGCGCAGGCGAUGGUGGUGGUGGUGGGAAGGAAAGAGGAACAAGGGGAGGGGUCAGAUUCCUUGUGGAGGAGCUUUAA